GUAGAUCAGUAACCAAUGAGCUCUGACCAUCUGCUGCCCGCAGAGGUUUUAGUCUUAAGUCCGUCAGUGUGGUUUGUCUUCAUCCUCAGGAUGAGAGUGUGUGUCCUCCUGCUGUGUUUAGGUGUCCUCUGCUGGAGGACGGACGCCGAGUCAAAAUCGUACUUGAUUACUGCUCCUCUGUCACUGCGUUUGGAUGCGGUGGAGACGGUGAUGGUGCAGUUGUUUGGCUUCUCCGAGGAGGUUAGAGCUGUUGUGUACUUGAAAACCUCCAUGGGUCAGAAUUCUGUGGUCCUUGCUCAAGACGUUGUGAUCCUCAACGCCCAGAACAACUAUCAAAACGCGGUAAAACUCCGGCUGUACCCUAAUCGUCUGGAUAAGACGAUACAAAACGUGGUCCUUCAUGUCUGGUCAGCGGAGAUUAACAAACAUCAGGUUAUUCCUGUCAGUCGGGUCAACGGCUUCCUGUUUGUCCAGACGGACAAGCCGCUGUACACCCCCCAACAGCGCGUUAAAGUUAGGGCCUUCUCCCUGAAUGAGGAACUGAGACCUGCCAAUCGCAGUGUCUUCCUCAAGUUUAAGGACCCCGAUCAGCAGACAGUGGACAUCGUAGAGAUGCUUGAUCUCAACAAUGGAAUUCCAACGAUGCAAAACCCCUUCAAGAUCCCCGUCAAACCAAAGUUGGGGCUUUGGUCCAUCGAAGCGGCCUACUCUAACGAUUUUACCACAACCGCGAAGACGAGCUUUGAAGUUAAAGAAUAUGUUCUCCCAAGUUUCACCAUCCUUGUUGAACCUCGAGUGAACUACAUCAGCUUCGGAAACUUUGACGACUUUACCUUCAAGGUCUCCGCCAGGUAUCUUCACGGGGCUCCAGUGGCUGACGGAGAGAUGUUUGUCCGCUAUGGUUACGUCAGUGGUAGCAGUCCUCCGGUUAUUAUCCCCAGCUCGGUCACCAGACACAGAUUGUCCUCAUCAGGUGAAAUCGUCAUAACCGCUAACAUGGAGAAGAUUCUGUCCAAACACGAAGGACCUAAAGAUCUCAGAAGCUUGGUGGGGAAGUACUUGUACAUCGCUAUACUGCUGGAGGAAGACACAGGUGGCAUCGCCGAGGAGGCAGAGUUUGCGGCUGUAAAGUUCGUCACUUCGCCUUACAUCUUAAGAUUCGUGUCUACGCCACCUUUCAUCAAACCUGGACUUCCCUUAAAUAUACAGGUUCUGGUAAAUGACCAUCUGGACGAGCCAAUAAAAAAUGUUCAGGUUCGCCUUGUUGAUCAACAGCUGUUCAGAAAUGGAAGGUUUGUUGACGAUGAGCUCUGUCCCGAGAGCGCCACCAGUGGAUCAGAUGGCCUCGCUAUUUUUAUCUGCAACACACCGAGGGACGCACUCAAAGCUAAUCUGAAGUUUGAGACAGCAAACCCGAACCUCCCGGGAGCCAGUCAAGGCACGCUGACUCUAAAUGCCGUGGCCUACCAAUCACCGAACCAGCGGUACAUUUACAUCGACCCUCUGGUGCCCGGUCAGGCCCUGGCCGUGGGACACUAUGCCAACAUCAAGGUGUAUUUCGCGGCACCGGUAUACGUGAACGUUAAGACCUUCGGUUACAUGGUGAUCUCCAAGGGACACGUGGUGACCUACGGCACUCAUAAAUUUGGUACGGGUCUCGAAAACCAACAGACGCUAAAUUUUGAGAUAACGCCCGCCAUGGUGCCCUCCAUCAGACUCCUGGUGUACUACAUCCUGUAUGCGGAGGGUACGUCCGAGCUGGUGGCUGACUCCGUCUGGAUAGACGUGAAGGAAAAGUGUGUCAACGGACUGCAGACUUCUUUUUCAUCUCAUAGGCGGGAUUACAAGCCAAAGGAAAAGAUCCAGCUAGAUAUCAGAGCCAAUCAGGACGGACUGGUGGCUCUUUCUGCCGUAGACACCGCCCUCUUUUCCCUCUUGCCAAAACACAAAGACCCUCUUGUCAAGGUUUUGCGUCACAUCGAGGAAAGCGACCGGGGCUGCGGUGGGGGAGGGGGUCGAGACAGCACCGACGUCUUCCGACUUGCUGGCCUCACUUUCAUCACCAACGCUAAUGCCGAGCCGUCGGACGGCACCCAACCCUGCACGGCGUUGGUGCGUCCAAAGAGGGCGCCGACUAACGAGGAGAAGAGGAUAAAAGCGGCAAGUUACGCCCAUUUGAAAUCCUGCUGCGAAGAAGGCAUGCGCUACGUCCCGAAGAUCAUCACCUGCCUGGACUUUGCCCAGCAACGCUUCAGGAGAAGGUCGCAUUGCAGCCGCGCCUUCCGAGAAUGCUGCGAAUUCAUGCAGAGUCACAUAGACGAAGAGGAAACCCUCGUCCUCGGCCGCUACAAAUUGGGUGGAGAUUUUGAGGAGGCUCCUUCCCUGCUGCGGAGCUACUUUCCUGAGAGCUGGUUGUGGGAGGUGCAGCCGAUCAGGUCAGGCUCCGUGUCAGUCAGCAGAACUCUGCCUGAUUCUCUGACCACCUGGGAGUUCAAGGCCAUUGGCAUCUACAAAAAUGGUAUCUGUGUUGCGGAUCCCGUCCAGGUGACGGUCAACUUGCCUCUCAGUGUGGACAUCCCUCUGCCAUAUCAGGUGGUCAGAGGAGAACAGCUGGAACUGCAUGGCUCAGUGUACAACCAUCAGCUGGAUUCCAUCACAUACUGCGUGACACUCACAGCCGGUCCGGCCUUCUGUCUGCUGAACUCCGAGGAAGCUGCAGGUUCACGUGACCUGCGAUCCACGCCCUGCACAUGGAGAAAACUUCCUGCCGGCGGCGUCGGCAAAGUGACCUUCAUCCUGCUGAGCCUGAACCCUGGAGAACACACCCUGACCUUCACUCUGAAGAAUCGCCACGGGACCGGUGACAUCAUCGAGAAGAAGCUGCGAGUAGUGCCUGAAGGGGUGAGGAAAGAGGAGUAUUCUGGAGGGACCCUCGACCCCCGGGGAAUCUAUGGUUCAGAGAAAAGAGUUGUGACACUGAAAAACAACCUCCCAACCAACGUCGUCCCCAACACAGACGUGGAGCGGCUGCUGACCAUCAAUGGUGAAAUUCUGAACGACAUCCUGAAUGUGUUGCACAAACCUGAAGGCCUGAAACAGCUCAUCAACAUGCCCGACGGGUCGGCGGAGGCGGAGGCCAAUGGAGUCCUCCUCCUCAUCACUGUGUAUAAGUACCUGGAAACGACGGCCUCCUGGGACGCCCUAGGACCAGACAUCCAAAAGAACGCAGCCUCUGUGACACAUUUGAUUAAGCAGGGUCUGGUUGGUCUCAGCUCCUUCAGAAAUGGAGACAACAGUUACAGCAUGUGGACAAAACAAAAACCCAGCACCUGGCUUACUGCUCUGGUGGUGAAUACACUGUCCCUGGUAGAUGGCGCCAUCCCCAUGGACCACGAGGCCAUGUCUAAUUCUAUAUUCUGGAUGAUCCAGGAAGCUCAGCAGCAGGAUGGAUCCUUCAAAGACACGUCUUCCAUCAGCCCCAACAAGAUAAUGGCCGCAGGGGGCGAUGCGACAGAUCGGGCAGUCUAUUUGACAUCCUUCGUGCUGAUAGCCUUGACCAGGGCCACGAGCAUCAAAGAUCAAGUCCUGAAGCUUGUGUCCCACGAAAACAGCAUGCGAUCCGCCGCAGACUACAUUUCCCAACAUGCCCUCGGCAUCAAGAGUGUAUACGUGAAAGCAGUUGCAACCUAUGCUCUGACCCUAUACGAUCCCAACAGCAUUGAAGUCUCUCAGCUGUUACUAAGCCUUGAAAAACUAGCGCGACAGAAAGGUAACCCUGUCGUACUCAGGUACUGGGUAGAGUCCGACGCACCGGCGGACUGGCUGAAACCUGAUGAGUCCAGUGCUAUGACGGUGGAGACGACAGCAUACGUGCUGCUGGCUAUGUUGCUAAAAGGGAGAAUCCCCUACACUAAACCCAUCCUGUCAUGGUUGUCCCAGGACCAGCACUAUGGAGAGGGUUUCUACUCAGUACAAGACACUGUCCUGACUAUGCAGGGUUUGACAGAGUACAAGCGGAUCGUCCCUCACACAGUCCUUAAUCAGGAAAUCAAUGUCCGCUACAGUAGGAAGGGACUGCUUGCGCAAGUUGAACUCACCAAGACCAGACCUGUUGCCAGACCCCUGGAGGUGACAAACGAUGACAAUAUUAUCGUGUCCACUGGUUUCGGUACCGGUGUCUCAACUGUGAAGCUGAAGACUGUUUAUUAUGAAACCAGCUCCUCCUCCCAAAAAUGUAACUUUGACAUUAAGAUAGAGGUGGGCGGACCUGAGUCUUUCCCAGAUCGCCGUGGGCAGAGCCCCCGUCUGGUCACCUGUGUGAAGUACAAACCCCCCCCCAACGAGGUUUACGAACAGUCCUCUAUGACUGUGAUCAACAUCCAGCUGCCCACGGGUGUGGAAGCGUACCUCGAGGACCUAAAACCGUUCAGAGACGUUGACGAGCCAAUGAUCUCCCACUACGAGCUGAAGGGCAGUACCGUGGUCAUCCAGAUGGACACAGUUCCAUCUGACAUUUUCUUGUGCUUCGGAUUUCGGAUCAGGACCAGAUUCACGGUGACUGGAGUCACCAGCUCCGUAAUGACCAUGUACGAGAGUCAAGACAAAGGCAGCAUGUGCACGAAACCCUUCUUAUACCAGGAGCAAAAGCUACAGCGCCUCUGUUUGGGGCAAGAGUGUCAAUGCAUGGCAGUGGCCUGUGCUACCUACAGAGGGAAACCAGACCUGACACUGACGUCAGCCAAACGUAUGGAGGAGACCUGCAGACCACACAUCUUAUACGCCUACAAGGUGAGGGUGAAGUCCUCUGCAGCUGAGGGAGAUUUCAUGACCUACACAGCCACCGUGGAAGAAGUCCUGAAGAAUUCAGCUAAAGAUUUUGAAGCGGUGAGAUCAUUAACAGAGAUAGAACUAGUAAAAAAGGCCACCUGCCCCUCUGUGGACAUCCAGAAUAAUAAGCAGUACCUGCUGAUGGGAUCCCGCGGGUCACAGUACACAGUUGGCCAAAGAUACAGGUAUCGUUUCCCCAUCGACUCCGAGGCUUUAGUGGAACUCUGGCCGACAGGAUGCGAGCCCGCUUGUCCGGAAUAUCUCAAACAGCUUGGGCUUUAUACAGUGGACCUGCAAAUAUUAGGCUGUCUUUAAUAAUAAGGACAAUUCACUGCUGCUUUUGAGCCAAUCACAAAGAAGAACCAGAUCUCUGUUAGAUUGAAGGAGUGAGGGCAAGGGGCAACUCCCCUGAAAUGAAAUCAGAAAGAUGUCUUUAAAAAUCGAACCAAAACAACAGUUACAUCCUAUCAAAAAAACAAAAACAAACGUAAGACGAGAGAAGCAAGGCAUUUCCGACCGGCAUUGUCAUUAACGUGUAAUCGUGUAGUGUCACUAGAGUGAAGUCAUUAUUUGACUUUACAUCCUUGUUAUGAACUUUCCUGUUAUUAAAACGUUCUGGUCCAAAAAA